UAGAUUUGCGAACGCAACCCGGAAAGGUGUCAUCGCAAUUUGGAUUUUGUAUAAUUCGCAAUCAUCCCUCUUGUACCUGUAUGACUUCGAUCCGCGGCGCGGAUUCCGCGCACGCCUCGCCAGCCAUCGCGAGCCAUUUUGAUGCAUCAUUGUUGCAGCAGCUGUGCGAGGAUAUCGCUUAUCGGACGUUGUCGCGAAAUGUCAGUCUUUGUAGUUGUGUAAAUCGCGUAGCGGGUACGGUGUCGCGCGAGCGCGAGCGCGAAUCGCGCGUUGGGAUCACGCGAAUAAUUGAAAUCGGAUCGCGACCGGAUCAGUCGUCCGAUCGGAUUCGGAUCGUGAGAGAUUUCGCAAGGGGACAGAGAGCUGUAUGAUCGCGGACGGAGCGCCUUUUAUUAACCUUGACCCGUUCUCUCGCGUUGACAGCAAUUGUGAGCUACUAAAAUGAUGAUUCUACAUGACACUGCAAUAAAGAUUUUUUGGGAGUGAUUAUUGAAUCUGUAAAAUCUCGACUAGAAAAGACUUGCAAGAGAUUUUAAUGAUGUUUUAUAGUGAUAAGACAUUGGAUGAGUCAGCUGUACAUAAGAACACUUAUUAAAAUGUACAUUUGCCUGGGUUAUAUCUACAGUCAUAUUUAAUGUGACACACUAUUGUACACAUUGUACUUGCAGUUUAAGUGAGACAAGAUGAAUAACGAAAAUAUAGAAAAUCAGCCGCCACUUCAGGCCAUUGAAGACAUGGAUCCUGCUUUGAUGCAGCCUGUAUUCCCAGAUACAAAUACACCAUGCGUGGAUGUAUGGAUGGAGAAGAUGAACAAAGGAGUGCUAACAAGUAAUAAUUUCAGAGAAUAUUGGCGAAUUUGGGUGCCAAAAAUAUAUAGUCCUGAGCGUAAUGGCAAUUGUUUGGAAUGGACCGUCGACGAUGAAGUAGCACAAAGAAUGCUCCUUAAGACUCUAGAAGAAUUCAUGUGCGGCGGUGAUCCGCAGAUAGUUUUGAAGGAGCUUAGUAAGAUGGACAAUCCACCAUCUAUAUGUGGCAGAAUGUUUAAAAUGGGUGAACCGACCUAUAGUUGCAGGCAAUGUGGUAUGGAUUCAACUUGUGUCCUAUGCGUAGACUGUUUCAAACAAUCCGCUCAUCGGAAUCACAAGUACAAGAUGGGCACAUCCAGUGGUGGCGGAUGCUGCGACUGCGGCGAUACAGAAGCUUGGAAAAACGAGCCGUUUUGCAAGAUACAUUUAGCAGGAACACAAUCAAAAGAGUCGCGUGGCAACAAGCUGCCUGGUGAUAUAGCGGAGAGAGCAGUGAUGGUUUUUGAAGCAGUGUUGGAAUAUUGUUAUGAACUGUUGACAUUAAGAUACACUGUCGCGCUGCCGUCGAAUCUCUGCGUCAGAGACACGGCAGUUUACUCGUACGCGAUUGAUCAAUUGGACAUUUUCGACACUUAUUGCACUGUACUUUUUAACGAUGAGCAUCACACCUUUGAUCAAGUGAUAAAUAUGCUCCAACGUGUUAUUAAAUGUUCGCAGAAGGAAGCUGUAGAGUUUGUGACUAACGUUGAUAGAGAAGGUAGGGCUGUAGUGAAGUGCUCGGUAUUUCGACAUUGCAAUGAACUGCGUGUCGACAUUGAAAGAUUCACGUACAGACAUAGUAAUCGUCCUCUCAAGGUGCUAGUCCUUCACACUCACAUAGUAGCUCAUCAGACGUUCGCUAUGAGGCUGCUCAAUUGGCUGCAACAAUUUAUAAGUCAUUGCGAGGGCUUUCGCGUACUAUUCAGCAACAUUGCGCUCAAUACGAAACUACCCGAGACGUCGAUCGUUGAGGGCAUACUCACGAGAGAUUCACAGUUAUGGAAAUCUGCCAGAACAGCAUGGCAUAGAUUAUUCAUAUCUGGAAUGCUCAUGGAGUAUGAGAGCAAGAAAGCGCUUGCCAUUGUGUUCACUUAUAACUAUGGCUCUGUCAUGAAAGAUUUUAUCAAAGACGAUCACGAUCACGCGUUUUCGAUCGUUUCGCUUUCCGUUCAGCUGUUUACCGUGCCAACUCUGGCGCAUCUGCUAAUCGCGCACCACGACGCGUUGUUUAUUUUGUUGAACACGUUCGUCUCCGAGAGCUCUCGACGAUGUAAUGCUGCUGGAAAAUUAGAGUUCGAAAGAAAUAUGCCGCACCAUUCUUUCAAACGAGCUCAAUAUAUACUUUACGAUUUGCGAUAUUUACUGAGCGCGAAACCCGAUGAAUGGACAGACGAAUUGAGACGCGGUUUUUUGCAAGGAAUCUCAUUGUUAUUCACACUCUUCUGCAGCAUGCAAUGCAUGGAUGCUGUACUUCGACAAGUCGGUCAGCAUAUGGAAUAUGAACCGGAAUGGGAGUCUGCAUUCAAUCUGCAUAUUAAGCUAUCAUCGGUUAUCACUCUGGCCUUAGAGUGGUGCGGUUCUGACAGAGUUGUACUGAUCAAAUCUUUCAUAUUGCUCUUGAGGAAGCUGUAUGAACAGUUAGGAAAUGAACCAGCACCAAGCCAGGUGCGAGAAUUGGCAGAUCAUAGCGCGACGUGCCUGCAAUACGACGUAUCGUCUGAACCGGUCUCCAUUCAUUUGCCGCUCUCGAGAUUUCUUGCCGGUCUGUUCCUGCACCUGGAAAAGUAUAACUUACACUUUCAAUCGCCCGAAUUUAUUAAUCAAACGAGACCAACGCUCGAACAAAUUAUCGAGCCUGUACUGACGGCGCAGGCUAUGAUCUCACAAGUACACUCGGGAAUGUGGCGACGAAACGGUUACUCUUUGCUAAAUCAAUUGUAUUUUUACCAUAAUGUCAAAUGCCGUAGCGAGAUGUUGGAUCGGGAUAUUAUUUUGCUUCAAGUUGGCGCGUCUCUGAUAGAAAGUAAUGAAUUUUUGAUUCAUAUUUUAAAUAAAUUUAAUCUCCUCAAUUGGGCGCAGCCAUAUUUCGAGGUAUUCGGUUUGAAAAAUCUAGAGGAGGAUGGUAUGCGGCAGACGAUCAAUCUGGUAGAGGAGUUUCUGGGCUUACUCAUCACGAUUAUCGGCGAGAGACACGUUCCUGGUAUCGGUCAAGUGACUGCGGAUGAUCGUCUCAAGAAGGAGAUCAUACAACAAUUGUGCAUAAAACCGCUCUCGCAUUCAGAGCUGAAUAAAACAUUGCCGGAAGACGUUGUUAACCAAGUUCAGACCGACGUAGAAAGGGUGAUACACGAAGUAGCAGAUUUCAAAAAACCGGCGCAAGUAUCAGCGGGGAAGGGUGUAUAUGAAUUGAAGCCGCAUUUGUAUACAGAAUACAACGUAUUCUUUUAUCACUACACGAAGGAAGAGCAUAGUCGAUCAGAAGAGGUUCAACGUAAGCGCAGGAAAGCUCAGGGAGAACUGGAGUGCUGUCCACCACCGAAGCUGCCUAGACUGACGGAGUCAUUUAGUAUGAUAGCAGAUCUACUACAAUGCGAUGUUAUGCUUCACAUUAUGAAAACUGUGCUAGAACGUGCGCUCGAUUUCACAGCCAGAACUUUCUCUGAACCGCAGGUACACAAGAUACUUCAUCUGAUCGGUUAUGCGCUGCAAGAACAAGAAUCUGGUUAUUAUCCCUUCCUCGCGUUUUGCGAACGGGCGGCCAAAUGGAAGAUUUAUAAAUUUCUAGAGGAUCUAUCUACCAGUCCGCGCAUGGAGGCUCACAAAGAUUUGCUCACAUGGGUUCUAACCAAGUAUCGCGAGGUUGCUAGUUUGACUGUUACAGAAGCCAGUCCAGCAUCUUCGCACUCCGAACAACAGCCAAUGCAGCAAACAAGCGAUGGCGACAUCAGUACUAAGGAGACGGACAAAGAGUGGCGAACAAAAAUGGCAGCUCAAAAACGCGCCAAGAUUAUGGCGCAGAUGACAGCUAUGCAGAAUCAUUUCAUGAAGAAGAAUGCUACCUUGUUUGAAGAAGCGAACCUGGACGCCAAUAGUAAAACUAGCGAUCGUGGUUCCGCUAUGGAUCUGACAGAAUCUUCUUCCCAAGAGGGAAGUACACCAGUCGCCCUUGGCAUCGGUCAGACCAGUAGGUUAUGCGAGCAGAAGACAUACACAUGCAUCUUGUGCCAGGAGGAUCAAGUCGUUACAGAAACUGAUCCUGCAAUGGUAUUGGCUGCGUUUGUUCAGCAAUCCACUGUACUUUGUCAACGUCGACCAGACAUCGAGGAACCCGGUCCGUUGUAUUUGUCAGCCAAACUGGGCGUAUCACCGUACACCAGCACGUGUGGCCAUGUGAUGCAUGCCCGUUGUUGGCAGGAUUAUUUUGAUAAUGUACUCGUCAAGGAGAAUCGGCGACCCUACAGAACGCGAGCACCGGCGAGUUUUGAUGCCGAGAACCGCGAGUACCUCUGUCCGCUGUGUGAAUGUCUUAGCAAUACUGUUCUCCUGCUUGUACCACCCUUGAAGAUGCUUCAGCCAACUCCGGAACCACAACCGGAUAUUAGUUUUGAGACGUGGUUGAAAGUCAUGGCGUUGGCGACGGAAUGCAAACCGAAUAAGAAGUUUGGCAGAAUCAUGGAGACAGAUGAUCUAGUGGAUGUCGUCAGUCCUAUGACCGUCCUUCGACAAGAGAUUGAAGAAGCUUGGGAGCCAUUUGAAUCUCACUAUUCACGAUCCGGACCAAAUCUCUCACGAAAAAUGGAGGCGAUGAUUCACAUGUUCGCGACGAUCUUUGGACAAAUCCUACGCUCGAGAUACACGGAUUUUAUCGAUGGUGAUCUACCUUUGUUAGCUUGGAAGUCGACAGCGUACACGAUCCAUGCAAUAGAAUUCCUGUUGCGCGACAUGGACAAGCCAUUAUUAGGCGCCAUGACCUCUCGACAGGGCGAUAGUUUAGAGAGUCUCGUGCGACUGUCGGCUCUUCUAGGCUCGCAUAUGUCGAAUCAUGCAAAUAUCUGGGCGGAUCGUGAAGGGAUUAUGAUUUACGCAGUAGCAUUGCUUACGAUAUUAAUGGAAAGUCCGUCCAGUGAGCCUAGCAUUUUUGAUAUUGAUCCGUUUGGCGUGCUAAUACCGCUCAUUAACUCACUACCGAGUCUCUUUCAUACAAAGGCGCAGGAAGAGGGUCCGAAUCCACCACCUAUCAUCACAGGCUGCGUAUUCGAGUCGCAUGCACUCAAGCUCGUAUUUUUGUGCCACAUUGCGAAGAUUCUCUUUACAUCCGAUGUUUCUAACGUUAUGGAAGUAGAUAGUCAAGAGGCAGAAGCUGAAUCGGACAUCGCUUUGUUCCAUAUUCUGGGCAUGCACUUUGACAAACAGAGAGCCAGCAACCUAUGGCGACAGGUAGAAUCUGCUUGCCGGCCCUUCCUUCGAUGUUGCGCCAUUUACUUCCAUUAUGUGUCCGAUGUACCACCGCCGACCGAACUAACGCAGGUGCACGGCGACACGUAUGAGAAACUCUGUCUAUAUCUGGGACUGCCCGCCACUUGCGAUGCUUUAAUUUAUUCUCAUCUAGAUGCUACUUUAAAACUGAUAGACAUAUGGCGUAAUCACCCUACAGUUUGGAAUCAUCGUUCAGGUACCGAGAAGGCUCUGAUCGUCAAGGAUCCGUUGAUGGUGAAUAAACUGGUAGACCUGCCCGAUGAUUAUAGCGAACUCAUCAAUUCAAUAUCCCAGUUCACUUGCCCGAACAGCGAUCGGGAAGACUCGCGUAAUCCGACGAUGUGUCUGGUAUGCGGCGAUAUGCUGUGCUCGCAAAGCUACUGCUGCCAAACGGAGCUCAACAAGACACCAGUAGGCGCAUGCACGUAUCACGCGAGCAAGUGCGGCUGUGGCAUCGGUAUAUUUCUACGUGUACGCGAAUGCGAGAUUUUAUUCUUGCGUACGCCAAAUCGCGGCUCCUUCGUAUGCCCGCCGUAUCUUGACGAAUACGGCGAGACGGAUCAGGGUCUACGACGUGGAAAUCCAUUGCAUCUAUGCCACGAGAAGUAUCGACGAUUGAAUCACAUAUGGCUCGGUCAUGGACUUCAUGAAUCCGUGGCAAGGGCUAUCGAACAAUCCUCGAACAAUCUUAUGCCAACCCAAUGGCAACAUCUAUAACUCUACUUUGUGGGAUUUCCCACAUCUAAUCUGAUCCGGACUUUUAAUCUGAAAAAAAGAUGAGGAUAAAAAUAUUAAUUCUUACGCUUAGCAUGUGAGAUUUCUGAAAUUUUUUCGGAGAGAUAUACGCGCAGGCUUGUGUAUUUAUAAAUGAUAUUUCUCUCCAGUUCUUUCCUCCUCUCCGCUUCUCUCGCCUUGCGGACACUAUUUUAUCAUUUCAGGGAGUUCACAAAAUUUAUAUUCUUAGAUUGUUUUUCAGAAUUGAGAGAAUAUUUAUCAUAUGUUAUGUAUUUAAAUUAAAAAAAUAUUUCUUUAUAUUUAUUAACGUUGUUUCGUCUCUGAAUUUUGUUGUUUGUAGAUGCGAAUCCAUAAUUAACGACGAUCAAUCAUCAUCGAAUUUGUGGUGUUUCAUAAGAAUUCGAGGAAUUUUCUCUACGUGUAUAAACGAUGGAUUCUAAAUCUCGCUCUGAAGAUUUAGAACAACGAACGAGCGGAAUGAACGACGAUAUUCAUCUGUAUCAUCGCCGUAUAAAUGUACUUCGGGCUAACUUAUAUAUUUUGGUACUUUUCAUGUAGGAUAAUGCGGUAUGUAUGUACCGUGUAACUCCGAUAUGAUUAGCGAUCAUUAUGUCAUCAUGUAAAUGAAAUGCGUAUUCACCGUGCACCUUUCAAGUGAAAUCGCAAAUUAUUCUGGAUCGAGAAUUUUAUUCUUUUUAUCUGCUCUCAUUCAUGUUUUAAAUUAUUUUUAUCAACAAUUAUUUCUGUCAUUAUCUAAUGUUUAGAAGUUCUCAAUUUUACGGCUGUAAUUUCGUCGGAAACCAUCGUGCUUCUGCUUCGAUUCGCGAUCUUAUCUCAGGCUCCAAACAUGCGCAGCUUUGGAAACGUUCGAUCGCGUUUAUAUAGAAUAUAAAGAAGAAGAAAAAUUCAUGGAUACCAGAAAGAGCAAUUCCUUCUGAACAAAUCUCAACGAUGAAAUAAAAUAAUACGUAACGUUUGUUUUCUUUCGUUGCGCUAGUCUCUUCUAGAUAGAUAUUAUUGGAAGUUAAGAAUGUUAAGAAACGCGAGGCAGCUUCGGCAUCGUACUUGAAUCUUCGAUACGCAUGCGAUUCAAUUGAUUACAUCUGUAACACACGCAGAUGAAAAAGAAUUAAAGUUAUUAAUUUAUAUUAGAAGAUUUAUUGUAUAUAUAAAUAUUCUAUGUACGAUUGAUAAAUUUACCGAAACACCUGUCUUUCAUUUUUGUGUGUAUAUCGCAAUAAGAAGACGACUUGUGGCGACUGUAUUCGACUGACGAUCUUUACAUUUUUAUUACAUCGUCGAGAACGUCUUCGUGUAAUUUAUGAAACGGUAUGAAUUGAAUCGAAAAAUAUUGUUUGGGGAUUUGGAAGACUAUUGCGUAUAAACGAGAAACGUAUGUUAUUGCGUUUAUCGAACUUGGAUUGUUAAAUAAAAUUACAACGCGUAUGCCUUGUCCAAUUUUUAGCAAUUCACACGGGAGAUUGUGCCGCUGUACAUUAGAUCGCUUGUAAAACGAUGCAAUGAAUAAUUAGCACACUUCAAGUACUUGUAAAAUAUAAAAGAUAUACGAGUGUUGCAUAUCGUAUUUGUUAUACGAAUAAUAGCAAUUAUCAUCAUAUACACUACAUACAUCACUAAUUUCUUGUACAUUGAUCUAGAUAUCGUACUAACCCACGCAUUGAGAAAUAAUAACUUCUGAAAGCAGCAUAAUAUUAUAUAGAAAUAAUCGCGAUGAAUCUUGAAAAAUAUUCAUGGAUAUAAUAGAUACACAAUUCUAUAAUAAGCAUCCUUCUUUCGAGUCUCAUUGAAAGAUCGUUUGCACUUUGACUGAAAGUUUUGAUAUCGCUAUAGUGUUCUUAAGAGAUAAAAAUUUAUCUCGUGCGUGCGUGACUUUUAUCCUCUCCUUUCUCGAAAGAGAGACAGAGGAUAUAUAAAUCUAGAUAAUAUAAUAUAUUACCGCCGCUUUUUAGUAUAUACACAUGUAGUAUAUACACAUUCAUAUAUAUUUGUUUCCUCAUUUUUUUCUUCAAACGUUGCGAAAUGGAAACGUAGAAUUAUAUGGCGAGAGAUUAAUUUAUACAAAUCCAUAACACAUUAUUUAUAUUCUUUAGA